AUGGAUUCUGUAAAUGAUCAGUUUAGGGAAGUCCCGUGGAAGUUGACUCAGAACGGUUCUUACGAAACCCCGUCGGAGUAUUAUGAUACCACUCAACAGUUCUUGGAAUCCUUUCAGUUAUUGGAAUUCCCUUCCUUCGAAUCCCUCAGAGUGGCUUUAAAAAAUUUUACUGAGGAGACAGGCUAUGUCUAUACUAUCAAACGAUCGAAGCGAUAUCGAGAAGAUGAUAGCCGACGUGAUGUUUUAGUGUACAAUCAUAUAUGCUAUGGAUGCACUCUGCAUGUUCAGGGCUCCUCCCAUUCCAAUAAACGGCUAGAAAAUCCCUGUCCAUCUCAGAUAAAUUUCACCAGCGUAAAAGGUGCUUUCAAAGUUGCAAAGUUUUCCAUGGUUCACAAUCAUCCUCCACCGAUGAGUACCGCUACACUUGAACUUGAUUCCUCUGCAUUUCCAGACUGCAGUGAUAGUUUUCGCGAGGCUUUUCCUACAAUGUCUGCCGGCUCCUAUGUGGAAUUUACCAAUCGACUAAAGCAGUUCGAGAAGACAACGGGAUCUGUGUACAUAAAGUACUCCAGUGGUCUUUUUGGUAACACAGGGGGUCGACAGGAGGCGCUAUGCAAGUACAAGAAGUUGCGGUAUGUCUGCGUGCAUUACGGAUCGCGUCGCAGUGAGCCGAUUCGACGGCGCAACCAACACACGACGAAGAUUGGUUGUGGUAGUUGCUUCUCGGUGAAGUACUGCGAGGGCCGAUUGCGGAUCGUCAGCUACGACAUGCGACAUUGUCAUCCCGUGGAUCCUGAGUCCGCAAUGCUCUAUCCACACAAUCGACGGCUCACGCCAGCGGAGACAGCGGAGAUUGAGCAGAUUCUUGCCUUCAAUCCCAAUAUGGGAGAGCUGAAACACCAUAUUAAGGAGAAGUACGGUAAAAUCUGCACCACACGAGACAUCAUCAACAUGCGCUUUCGUCGGAAAAAGCGUCUGGAGAGGUCGAGCCUCAAUUCUACUGAGGAAUUAAAAAGUGUUCAAGCACAGUCGCUACUACCAUCAUCACCGCUCCUACCCUCCUCCACGUCCACCUUGCCGACUGGGGCGAAAUUGGAGUCCCUGGUGGACAUUUGUUGCCAACAGCAAAUUCAUCAGAGACUGGAUGGUGAAGCGCCGGAAGUGGAAGCGGAGGAGGGAGAGGAAGAGGAUGAGGAUGAGGGGGUUCUGUCGCCAGCGCUGCAGGACAUCCAGCAGAUUGCGGAGGCCGCACCAGCAGAGGAGAUAGUAGGUAUCCAGUCGGUGCUACGUAACCUUGCCAACGCUUGGCAAGGUGGACAGCAGCCCGUUGUCGUAGUACCCAAAGCGCUUUCACCCUACUCAAAGGCGAUUAUAGUUUAUUUUUGUGGGCUGCGCUCUCAACUUUACAGCUACCUACAGGUAAAGUCCGUGUAUGCCAACUCAGAUCGCAUUCUACUGAAAAAUUCUUCCUGCCUCUUGAGGUUGGGACCAUCUCAUGAGACGUCUUGGCGAAUUGAGGGCGAAAUGGUAACAAGACAGUGGGUACCAAUGAAAAUCAAUGAUACCAUAACCGGUCUUCUCUGUCGAUGCUCGUCGGAAAUUCCAAUAAAUAGAUGGACAAUUGAGGUGAACCUCUCGGAGGAUCCAUCCAACGUUUCGGUGCCCAUGGUUGCCAAAUUUGUGUGCCCAACAAACAUUGCUACUGAAGCAGGCUCCGAAACCGUCAACAUCGACUCUGGUGGAGGAGAACUUGAUGUCUACUACCUGACGAUUAGACCCACCCUGCCCUUGGAAACAAAUGAAGGCCACAGCUUCAAGAAAAACUCGGCUCGUGGCUUCACCCUGCGACCAGUGGACCCUGCAGUGGGGUUGGACGAAGCGUCGUUGUUGUGUGUAGGCCACCGCGGGAUGGGUGCUGAGAAGCCGGAGACACCGGCCGACGAGCAGUGGCCAGAGAACACUCUUCUCAGUUUCAAUAAGGCCGCAGAACUCAAUGUGCCCAUGGUGGAGCUCGAUGUGCAGCCUCUGCGUGACUCCAAUGACCUCGUGAUCUACCACAGUUUCAACAUUGUUACGAAGCGUAGUGAUCGCAUUCGACCCUGUGGCUGUCCUAAAUACGAAGUUGAUGUCUUUGGUGAAUCAGGCAUCUGCAACAAGAAAAUGCCCAAUCUCAUUCCCACCUUCUUUUUGAACGAGCUACAGGACUUGAAGUGGGGCUUGCACAGCAAGACAUGUGAAAAAUCAACCCAUGAAUACGAGGCAGCGGUAGAGAAUGCGAAGUCCGAGGUCAAGAACGGAGGGGAGGUAUCGAACAGUUGUCUGAUACCUCUGCGACGCGGCACUCAGCAGGCGGAGUACCUGCCUUUCUUCUCCCAGGUGCUGGCUACAGUGCCAACGCGGUUGGCGCUAGAUGUGGAGCUAAAGUACCCCCAGGAUACGCCAAACAUGGCUUUCAAACUAGUCCAUGAGAUGGGCGUGGACAGGCAGGCCCUGGAUGAGUUUGGACACCCUAGCAGAUACUUCUACUCCAUCAACCAAUUCGCCGAUAAUGUCAUUCGGAGCCUACAGACCCAGGGCAACGGGAGGGAGAUUGUGUUGAGUACAUUCAAUGCCGACCUCUGCCUCGCUCUCCGUCUCAAACAGACCACCUUCCCGGUGCUCUUCAUCUCUCGUGCGGGCUGCGAGCAGCCGUUAUCGGUCUACACCAAAGCAAUACCUCCAUCGCACUCGUCCACGCGACUGCCACCACCACCGCAUUUACUAGAUCCAAGGCAUCGCAACGCAGCGGCUGUAGUUGAAUGGGCGCACUUGAUCGGAAUGGACGGGGUAGUGAUUCCCGGCAAGCCUUUCGAAACGGCAACGGCGGAGGGCGCCGGGCUCGCUCAUCGCAUGGCCGCCUUCCGUCUUGCCUGCAUCCCCUUUGGUGCCUGCGUCUCUACGCCAACUUUCAAGCGUCGUGCUGCCGAACUAGGACUUACUGGAAUCUGUAUCGACGACGUACAUCGAAAUGCUUGGUGA